AAAUAAAAUUAUUAUUUAUUUCAAAAAAAAACAAAAAAAUCUAUUUGGUUCCCUUGAAUUCUAUCAAAAUUCAUAUGAUUUGGAAUGAAUUUUCAUAUUAUCAUAAACUUUAUAUAUUCAUGGAAAUUGUUUUGUAUUAUAUUCUAAUUUUGUAUUAUGGAUAAUGAAUCAGUCUAGAUUUUUGUUCAUUUUAUAGUAGUAUCAAUCAUGUUGUUCUCAUAUAAGCAAGGAAUUAUGACUGAUUUCUUAUUUAGAACACCUGGUAGUUAUGCAAUUCUACCAGAAUUGAAACCAUGCCCUUCAGGUGGAUUAUACUUUAAAUUUUUCACUUCAACUUCAACAGGUUUGUUGCUAUAUACAGAAAAUAAUGUUACUGGACAAUUUUUGCACUCACAUUGUUACCGAAUAGUAGAAUAAAAUUGGAGUUGGAAUUACGUUCACCUCAAUAUCGUAUAACAAGAUCACAUACAACUAUUACGUUAGAUUAUUCAGAAAAGAGUAAGAUUGAUACAUAUUUAAGUGAGUUUGAUUCACGUAUAUCUAAUAAAGCAGGUAGCAUUUUUUCUAGUCGUUGGAAUACUGUGGAAAUUACUUUCGAAUCACAGACAAACCACACGAUUGAUGGAGUAAAAUUAAAAAUUAAUGAAUAUCACACUCAAAUGAAAAUUUUUCCACCAGUAGAUUUUUCUCCGUCAAAGUUUUAUUCGACAUCAAAAUACUUUUUACUUGGUCCUUAUGUGUUUAUGGGACAACUUUCAGAUGAAAUGCGUUCAGAUGCAACUCAGCGUGCAUUAUUCAGUGCUGCAAUGCAACCGAGUUUUCAAGGUAUAGUAAAGGAUAUUUAUGUUAUCCAAUGCCCUACUUCAUAUCAUUCCAAAAUCCAAAUAGAAAUGAAUUCUUUAAAACAAUGCAUACCAUAUGAACCAAUUAUUCUGGAAAACGGUGCAUUAAAAAUUCACUCUUAUUCUAGUUCUUUAAAUAAAUUAUCACAUUUCUGUUCACCUCGAAAUAAUCCUCCAAAUAUAACUCAUGGAUUAAUAAAUGGCUCAAGUUAUUUCAAUUUAUUUCAAAAGCAAACACCAUUUGUACGAUGUGAAAAAGACUCAUCAAAUAUAUUGAAUCUUAAUGAACAAAAUCAUGCUACAUUUCAUUUUAACACAGAUGGGAUAGAUGAAAAAAUAUUUUUCGAGUUUCGAACACGUAAAGAAAAUCAAAUAAUGUUUAGCUUUGAAUUAACCAGCAUAUUGACGCAACAUACAAAGAUGAAAGUUGAUUCUUAUUUGCUUGGUUACUUAUUAAAUGGAGCAUUGGUUGUAAAUCUGUUUAACCAUUUUUCAGAAAAACGUUCUUAUUUAAACCAUGCAAACACUCAAAAGAUCAUUUCCUGUAUAUCUGAUUAUGACACUUGCUCUGACACGCAAUGGCAUCAAAUUCUAUUGACGAUAAAAAAGAAUGAUAUAUUACUUGUACUUGACAAUCAACCUCAAGUCAAAUUAAAUCCAUUUGGUCAAGAUGGAUUAAUUACUAUAAGAGUUAUGCACUUGGGAGGAAGUUUUUUGAAUACUUCACAAGAAACGUUUACACGAUUUAUUCCAAGUAUCGGGAAUCUAACAAAUUUUAGAGGUUGCUUUCAAUCGAUUAUUUAUAAAAGUGGAGAAUUAUUUAUUCCAUUAUUAAUUACAAAAAACACAAAAUAUAUUCAAUCUCAACUACCAAUUCAAUCUAAUUUACGUAAUUGUGAUUACAAAUUAUUACAACAAAAAAUAAAUAUAGAUCAUUCAAAACUAAACAGUUAUGUAUCAUUUACUAAACCAGGUAGUUAUUUAAGAAUCAAAGGAUGGAAAGUUGUACUUCAUGGUGAAAUCACAUUUAUUUUACGUACAACUACUCUUAAUGGAUUAAUUAUUUAUAGUAAUUCUAUAAAUGAAUAUGAAUUAUUUCCAAAAGAUAUUAAUGAACCAAAUUUAUUAGAAAAUAUCCAUGAAGUCAAACAAACUGGUUACGAUAUAUUUGCUUUAGAAUUACGUUUAGGAAGAUUACAUUUUUUAUUAAAUACUGGAUCAGGUAUUGUUCAACCAGAAUUUGAUAGAAAAUAUUUUGAAUCAGAAAGUAAAGGUUUUAUUUCCGAUGGAAAAGAACAUUCUAUUCAAAUUGUAUUUGAUGAAGGAGAUUUAAUAAUAAAUGUUGAUGGUGAAAACUUUGUAACACAUGGUACAGGAAUUAAAACAUAUAAAUACUUGAAUUUGAAUGAAUACUUUUAUAUUGGAGGUCUUCCUGAGUCAGUGCGUCAAAUUAACUCAUUUAUAUCGCCUGAAGUAUGGUCAGCGCAAUUAAGACAAGAUUUUGUUGGAUGUUUAGGUGAAUUCAUUGUAAAUAAACGCUUAUGGGAUAUCGAUUUAGAAAGGCGACCAUGUUGGUCUAAGCCAUUUGUGGAAAAUGGAUGUAAAUUGUCUUCAUCAAUAGACUUUUGUACAGAUAAACCAUGUAGAAAUAAAGGUCAAUGCAUCUCUAGUUGGAAUAUUUAUGAAUGUGAUUGCAGCAAUACUAAUUUUAGUGGAAAAACGUGUACAGAAAAUCCUAUUAUUGUUAGCUUUGAUGGAUUUCAAUGGUUAUGGAUAAAAUUCAGUCCAUUACCUAUUCAAUCAUCCGUUGAAGAAUUGACUUUGAGAUUUAAAACUAAAUAUGAAGAUGGAUUUCUGCUAACCACACGAAGUUCUAUUUUGUCAGCACCAGAUUGUUUAGAAUUGAAAAUUAUUUCUGGUUAUUUAUCGUUAAUAUAUAAUUUAGGUGCAAUAGACAAUAUUUACCAUAACCCGGUGUAUAUAGCUGACGAUCAAUGGCACACUGUAAAAAUUUAUAGAAGACAAAAUGUUCUCAACUUCUCAGUUGAUAAUCUAUUUCAAACUUUUGACAUUCCAAAAGAUGGUCGUUAUCUUUCACAUCGUCAUUUAAUCCUUGGCAAUUCUGAAGAUUCUCUAACAAACCAGUUGAUAGACACACCGACACAAUUUAAUCACAACAUCAAACAGAUAAACAAUUUGAAUGUUCAUGUUUUCAUUGGUUACAUAAUGGUUUUUCUAUUUAAUGGAGUUGAUUUUUUACGAACUGCGCAAAAUUUAAAACAUGAUCCUAGUUUAUACAUUUGGAAAGAUAAACUAGAUAUUACAGCUACUCAAAGUAAUUAUGAACCAAAUCAUGAGUUACCAUUAACAUUUAACAAUAAAGAUUCUACCAUUGAAAUUCAACUUGAACAUUCUACAAGUGAAUUUAUCCUGGGAAUGUGGAUAAAAUGGAAGAAAUAUGGUACAGUUCUCUUUCUUCAAGAUGGUUUCCGUCAGAAUUUAAUUCUAGAAUCAAUUGAUGGUAGACUACAAUUGAUACACAUGAAUAAAGAUCAAGCUGUGAAAUAUUCCAUUGGUGAAAAUCAAAGAGUGGUUGUAAGAGAAUGGUAUCACAUCGAAGUCAUCAAACAAGAAUCAACUAAAUUAAUACAUAUUCGGGUCAAUAAUCAAUCGACAAUUGUCAAAAUGAAUAUUUCAAAUUAUUUUGCUUUGAAAACAAUUAAUAUUGGAAGUUUAUCUACAAGAAAUUCAAACUACGAUACAUAUAGUAACUACAUGCAAAGAACAACAGGAUUUCAAGGUUGUGUAGCAUCUUUUUCAUUCAAUUAUUCCAUUGAUUAUGAUCAGUCAUCAUUAAAUAUUAAAUUGAAUAACACAACACCAUCAAGGUACCAUGUGAACUAUUUAUAUUCGAAUGAUACGCAAAAAGUUAGUUUGCACAAUAUACAAAUGGGUUGCCACUUUUCAGACAGUAAACAUCUAGAUCUGAAUCACUGUUCAGAGAAUCCAUGUCGUUUCAAUGGAAUUUGCAUGCAACAAUGGAAUUCUAUAACAUGUGAUUGUAGUUUGACUGGUUUUACUGGAAAGUUCUGUGAUAAAGCCGGAACAUCAGUUCGCCUAUCAGAAUUCCCUAGAAGAUAUGCUGUUUUUGAACUGAAUUCACCUCAGAAUACUACAUUAGAUAAACUGGCAUUCGGGAUACAAAUAAGUAACCCUGGUACAAUGUCAUUAAUACACAUCCAAGGUCAAGGUCAGUCCCCAGACUUCAUACAGUUAUCUGUAUUACACAAUAAGGAUCAACUUAAUCUUCAUGUACGAUUUAAUAUGGGUGGGGGAACUCAAACACUAUUUCAACCAAAUGUGAAUUUUAAUGAUGGACAUUUUCAUAUAGUUCAAUUUAUACGACAAGAAGCUAAAAGUAUAUUGUUAGUUGAUUUUCAACAUGAAAUCACAAAACUAACAGAAGAUCAAAACAAUAAACAUUUCAAUUUGUUAAAACGAAUAUAUUUUGGUGAAGCACCAAAAAUGAAAGAAAAGCUGUCAGUAAAUAACAAUAGUGAAUUCACAUCGAGAAAAGGAUUUGAAGGAUUUAUUACCGGUUUGAAUUUAAAUAAUAUCAACUUGAUAAACCUUUUAUAUGGAAAUAUGGUUCCUGGGAUAUAUUUAAAAACUCGAGAGAAUAUUGAACUUAAUCCAAAUUUUAAACCGAAUAUGAAGAAAUUACAUGCUCAUAGUAAAAGAACUGAACCAGAAACUAGAAGUCAAAUGAAGCAAACGAUAUGCAACUUACAGCGACAGAUUUUCAUGACAGAAUUAACGACUAUAAAACCCAACCCAUUGUUGUGCCGAAAACAGAAUGCUUAAAAUAUGACAGUAGUUAUAACUAUAAAGAAUGCCAACCAGCUGAUUUAGAUGGUAUAAUCCAACCAUUAAUUACAUUCAGUGAUAAUCCUUUAACUAUGCGAGCUGUCGAUAAAAACGAAUUUCAACAAGGUUGGAAUGCUGAUCAAAGUAAUAAUAAUAAUAAUAGGCAGUCCUCUACAAGUGAUAGCCAUUUUCUUCAAGGUUAUUCCAAACUAGAUCAAUCAACUGUACAUCUAAAUGAAAUGGAACCACUUAUAACCAAUUGGUAUAAUUUCAGUAAUAAAAUAUCACAAAAACAUAAAGAAAUAACACCAGCAUUAGAUAAAAUAUUAUCUGAGAAAAAUAAUCCUACAUUUGAUAAUAGUUUGUAUAAAAAAUCAAAAAAUCUUUUCGGUUCAUUUGUUGAACGAAACAAAAAAUUCUCAUUUAAUAUUGUACUGAUCAUUGCUGUUUCUGUCAGUGGUAUAUGUGUAUUAAUAAUUUUAACAUGUAUUAUAUAUCGAUGUAUGCGACGUGAUGAAGGCACAUACAAUGUUGAAGAGAGUACAGCAUAUACUGGUGAAACAGUACAAACUAACAGUAUCAUUGGUGGUAGAAAACAUAUUAUAAGUGAUUCAUCUAUACCACUGAUAAGUUUACAACCGGAGUUAUUUAAAUCUAUUACAUUGUUUAAAACUAAUUCUGAAACUACUGAUAUAGACGACAGAUCUCUAAUCAAACUCAAUUUGGAUAAUAUUAUAAACGAAUCUAGUUUAACAAAUGAUAAAAUCUCUGAAAAUAAUCCAGAUGUCAUUGUUAUUGAUAAAACUAUCACUAACAUGAACCCCAUUAUUACCAAUGAUGACUGUAACAAUAUUCAAAACACCUAUUUUAUUGAAGAUAAUAACAAUAAACAGGUUAGAAAAACUUAUUUGAAAGUGGAUAAAAAGAAGUCGACGGUAAAUCCUAAAGAAUGGUACGUUUGAAACUGUGAUUUUUUUUAAUAACUUUAACUGCAAUUGGGCUGUUAUUUUUCAUCCCAUAUGUCCUGUUUAACAAUUCUAGCUAACCACUUCAAUUAAUUCACUUCUUUCAAGCAGAUUUGAUAAUGUAUCAACAUUGAACACCUUAUCAAUUCAUCUCUUUUCCACUAUUGUCUAUUAUGUAUAUUUUUUAUUAAAACAAAAGUCCUACAUUAUAACUGUUACUGUUGUUAGGGUAUUACUAUUAGUGUAGAUAGUUAUGUAAAUGAAUAAUUAGUUAAAGAAAACAUAUUUCAUGACUUAAGUAUAAAAGAAAUAUUAUUUUUCACUACUGUUUUCCAACAUUUCAAUAGGACUACAAGUUUGUUUGUUUUUUAUAUACCUAAAUGUAUAGGCAAAAGGCAAAAGUAUGAUUGCUACAGCUUUUCUGUAUUGUUGUGAAUUAUAAAGUUUACUUUCCUUUCUUGUAGAUAAAUAUAAAAGAAAUUAAACAAUAGAAAUAUCAUUCUACCAUUUAUUCUUCCAUAGGAUUUUUGCCUUUUAUAAAUGAUUGUUUGAUUGUUAAUUCUCAGUUAUUUCAUAUACAUAUAUAUAGAAGAAGGAGAACAGAAUGUUGUAGACUAUUGAAUAUUUCAGUUGUUCUUUAUUUCAAUGAUAUUACUUACUUGAGUGUUUUCUGGUUAGCCUUUUUUCAGCGAGUUAGUUUCCUACGGGAUGGGGUCGCUAACCCCAUGCCCAACCCUCCUCCUUUAUCCGGGCUUGAGACCGGCAGAAGCCCUCAGAGGGACUCCAGGCAGAGUUAUUUAAAUGAUAUACAUUCAAUAAUAUAAGAAUCCAUUUUUUCUAUUAUACGUCGUGUUGUUUUACAGACAAAUUUAUGAAGAUCUUUAUUAUUUCAGAUUUUAUUUUCAACCGUUUAUUGUCUUCAUGUCAAUCAAGAAUUAUUAAAUCAUUCUAUAACUGUGUAUGUGAUGAAUUAUUCAUUAUUAAAUUUGUAAAUAAAUAUAAGAUCUUAUAUGUAAUUGAUAUUGAUUGUUUUGUUUAUUAAUUAAAUAUCAAGAGGAUACAA